CGGUGGUCCGGUGGUCCGAGACCACUUGAUUUUGUCAAGGACCACCUGACUUUCCAAGCAGCUGGUUCGUUGGACCACUUGGUUUUUCUGGUCAGAUGGAUACCUCUUUUCAAUAAAAAUGAGUGAGAAAUCCCUUGAAAGUGUUAUAUGUGACGAAAAAUCCUUUUAUCUUUAUCUUAUUUCUCGAAAAGAGUGGUUUUUCGUCUGUUUACACGUACCGGGUACGGAACCGGUCUGACCGUCACGUUUUUUUCCAAUCACGGAACGGCGUACGAACUUUAGCCUGUUUGCCGAUGUACAACAACAACAACAAAAGCUGACAAAACUAAAUUAUUUGUGUUUUUUAUCUACGAUAAAGUUAAAACAAUGUGGAAUUUUAUAGAAGGGAUUAAACAACCUGACCCAAAGUGCCCGAAAUCAAAAGAAGAACAACUUUUACAGCAGAGAGCGUAUGAAAAAUCUCGAAAACGUAAGUUUGACCAGUCGUGGCAAAAAAACUUUUCUUGGUUAGUAUGCCGAGAUGAUUUAUUAUUUUGUGACAUUUGUGAGAGAUAUGAUACCACUGGGUCAUUUGUAAAAGGCAACAAACAUCUAAGGUCUUACCAGUGUGGCAUCCAUGCAGACAGUACAAAACACAAGGAAAAUGUUAAAAGAUUAAAACGGGAAGAAAAACCAACUGAAUCAGACGGAGCACAGGCAUUCAAAUGAUUAAUUCAGCUGCCAGGAGUAAGGUAAAAAUUUUGAUAAGAAAUGCACAUUAUGUCGCUAAACUUGGAAGACCCUAUACAGACUAUGUGGAAAUGGGAAAAUUAGAUAAAAUGAAGGGAAUUGAUAUUGGGAAUACAUACCUUACCGAUAAAUAUUGUGAAACAUUUGUGAAAUCAAUAGCUGAUUCCAUCAGGGUGGAGCAAGACAAACAUUUUGAUGCCAGUGAUUUUUUUUCUAUAAUCAGUGAUGGCAGUACUGAUUGCUCCAGCAAGGAGGCUGAGGCCAUAAUUGUGAGAUCGUCUGCCAAGGGAAAGGUUGAAACGCAUUUCAUUGGGCUUAGACAUGUUGAAAAAGCAGAUGCAAAGCAUAUAACAGAUGCUAUCAUGAAAAUCAUGAAUGAGCGAUUUGACAAUAACUGGGCACAGAAAUUCAUAGCCAUGGGCUGCGAUGUUGCUGCUUUAAUGUUGGGUGCAAAGAGUGGUUUGGCUAAACAACUCUGUGAAAGAAGUGCACGCCCCAUUUAUACAAUCCAUUGCUCUGCUCACCGACUUGAACUUUGUUUUAAAGAUGCAACCAAACGUCUGACGUCCAAGAUACAUGAGAAAUGUGAAGCAUUGCUGUUAAAUCUUUACCUUUUCUACAAAUUGAGUCCCCUAAACCGAGCAAAUUUGACCAGGUGUUUUAAAUCUUUGGGUAUCAACGUGGUUGUGCCAACAAGAGUCGGGGGUACUCGAUGGCUUCCUCACACCAUGAAAGCUAUUAAGCACAUUUUGACAGGACGAGAAGCUAUCCUUAAACACCUGAACGAGAUGCAGGAUCCAACAGGACCUACUCGUAGGAAAGACUCGGCUGCAAAAGCAAGGAAUUUUCUGAAACUUCUUCAAGACCGUGAGGUCCUUGUGUGGCUACACUUUUUGAUGGACUUAGUCUCAUGUCUGGGAAAAGUGACUGAGAUCAUACAAAAACAUAAUGUUACCUUAGCUGAAGUUUGGAAGGAAUUGCAAUCUGCAAAAUCAAUGUUACAGAGAUAUUAUACAAGGUGACUUUGGUGAUGAUGAGGUCGUUCAAAUGGCACAAUUGUGUGAGUGGGCCCUUAUUGCGUCAGGUUGUGAAGUUGAGAUGGUUGAGACAGAAUGGAUCCGUUUCAAAACAGAUGUAUUCAAUAG